AUGAAUAACAAUAACAAUAGCAAUAACAGCAACAAUAAUAGCGGUGGCAGUGGUGGCGCCGGCGGAAACAUGUCCACAGCUAAUUUCUUUAGCAACCUUGGAACUCCAUCCUUUAGUUUAUCUCAAUUACCACAACAAUUCCUACAAAGUUUGAACCCAACUCAAAUUCAAAUGAUACAACAGAAACAUCAACAACUAUUAAUUAGUCGUAUCCAGCAGCAACAGCAACAACAACAAAGGAAUGAUAACAAUAAUACACCGACCAUGAGACAUACUUCAAGCGGUCCAUCAAUGCCCAAUAAUCAAUCUCCUCCAAAUACGACUACAAAUAAUAACAUGGGUAUAUCCAUGCAAAACCAGGCCCAGCAGCAACAACAGCAGCCGCAGCAACCACAACCGCAACAACAGCAACAACCAGUAUUGAAUUUCAAUAUACCUCCACAAAUUAGUCAACUACCAUUACCUGAACAGCAUAUGAUUUUACAAAAUUUAAAGGAAAAGGCUUUAGCUAAAGAAAAUUCUGCUCUUGUUGCAGCUGUAACGAUGGCUCAACAACAAAUAAUGCGAAAAAUCCAACUACAACAGCAGCAACAGCAGCAACAGCAGCAGCAACAACAACAACAACAACAGCAGCAACAUCCAUCGAAUAGAGGGACUCCAUCUAUACAAUCUCCAUAUGCUUCUGUUCCACCACAACAAAUACAACAGCAACAAAUGCCGUUCCAAACACAACAAGCACAACAACAGCGGCUGUCACAACAAGGAACUCCUCAAUCUACCAUGGCAACAAUACAACCGCAAGCACAACUGCAACAGCAGCAUCCACAACUACAACCACAACCACAACCGCAAGCCCCACCAAAUAACACCGUUGCUACAGCACCUAAGAAGACGAAGAAACCAAGAGUAUCAAGAGCAAAACAACCAAAGGAAACGAGCACAACUGCUAACACAGCAAUGAAUAAUAAUCUCAAGGGAAAAAGUAUACCAACUGCAACAGCGCAAUUGACACAACCACUCCCUAAACCAUUAGAAUUACCCAAGUUCAGAACAAUCCCCUACGAUCCACCAGAAACAAAAUUACCUUUCGAUACAUAUUGGUCCACAUACAUAUCAUCCUUAUCAGAACCCAUCAAGACAGACACAUUAUUAUAUGAACAAAUAAUUCAAAGAGACAGAUUAAACAAACAAUCCACAGAAACACAAAUCAUAGGAACAGAACCUACCAGUAUCCAUGGUCUAAGUAAUAAUGAAUACAUAAACAAAUUAUGGACACAUUUAAAAUAUUAUCAAGAAGUUAAAUCAACAAGGAUGAAAUCAAUCACAUCGACAUCACAAAAUAAACCCGCAGCGAGUAUUUGGGGUUAUGGUUAUCGUGGGUAUGGGAACGGAAUCACUAAUACUACUACUAAUAUUAUUUCACCUUCACAGGGAAGAAGAAUCGAUCUGGAUCAUCCUCCGGUCUCAUAUGAUCCUAUUAUGUUGUAUGAUUCUUUGAAACAACCAAUAUUUAAAGAACGACAUGAUGUCAAGGAUGCUGCCGCUGUAAUGGAUGCUAAUGAUGAUGACGUGGAUGGAUUGGAAGAAUUAGUUCCAAUUAGGUUAGAAUUUGAUGUAGAGAAAGAUAAGUUUUUUUUAAGAGAUACUUUACUAUGGAAUAAGAACGAUACAUUGAUUGAUUUGAAAGAGUUUGUCACCGAUAUGAUUCAUGAUUUCCAAUACGUUCCAGAAUCAUCUAAAGUAGAUACUGAUAAUGACCGAUAUUUAGAUAAAUUCAUUGAUACUAUUAUUAAUUCCAUCCAGGAGCAAAUAAUGGAGUAUCAAUCAAACCCAUAUAACAAUAAAACUUUGAUUAAGAUGAGAGGUGGUAAGAAACAAAAAUUAGGUGGUGAUGACUUAAGAAUUAAAAUUAAGCUAGAUAUUGUCGUGGGACAAAAUCAAUUAAUUGAUCAAUUUGAAUGGGACAUUUCCAAUACUGAAAAUUGCCCAGAGGAAUUUGCAGAAAAUUUAUGUCAAGAAUUAGAGUUACCUGGCGAAUUUCAAACUGCAAUUUCUCAUUCCAUCCGAGAACAAGUUCAUAUGUAUCAUAAGUCGUUAGCAAUUUUAGGGUAUAAUUUUGAUGGCUCACCAAUUAGUGAUGACGAUAUUAGAAGUAGAAUUCUACCUACGUUAACCAUUGCUGAUGUAUUGAGACCACCAGCAGAUUCUAAAAAUUAUACACCAAAUUUGAUACAAAUAUCUAUUGCUGAAUUAGAAAGAUUGGAAAAAGAUAAAGAUAGAGAUACAAGACGUAAGAGAAGACAAGGUCGUUCCAACAGACGUGGUGCCAUGUUACUAAAUAAUAAAUUAGAUAGUUCAUCUAAUCUCCGUGGCGAUUCCAAUUCCACUCUCAAUUCUAACUUACAAGCUUCAGGGUCAGUCUCCAAUACUUUGCCGACGGAAAUUUUAUUACCUGAUAUAGCAGAUAUCCCAAGAACAUUUAGGACCCCAGUGAGAAGUACUUUAAUGCCAGGUGGAAUAGAUCUUGGGCCCUCUGUGUACUCUUAUGAUUUAAAAACGGUUGUCGAAUAUAAACAAAGGCCAGAGAGACCUAAGCCGCAGAUGCCACGUUGUUAUAUUAUCGAUCAUAUUCCAGGGCAGUCCCUACUCAUUUCCAUCAAACCGAAGAGCAUGAAACAAGAGGAACAAAAAGUAACAUUACAGCCACUCCCGCAGAAUAUUACAAAUACGGGUACAACCAACGAGAAUUUGCAAAGAAAUACAUCAGUAAGUGCGACCGCAACGCCACCUGUAUCACUACCGUUCCGUGACAACAGCUCAUUACAAUCGCAUACACCAAUUGGACCUGUUCCAAAGCAGACUUCAUUAUCACAUCAACUUCAACAAACUUCACAGGUACCGGCUCCUCCGCAAGUAUCUAGAGAAGUUAAUGCUCCGGUGAAUAAAGUACCAAGGGCGACGUCACAAGAACCUCUGAAAGCAAAUUCAGGAAAAAGCUCAACACCAAUAAACAUCACUUUCCCAUUAUCGUUUAAUGACACACCGAAGUAA